AAUUGAACAUUUCAUAUAUCUCAAACUCUACCUCUCUUUUUCCAUUUUUCUCCAUAGGCGGCCAGAUAAUUUUCUUCCUCUUGCUUUUUGAUUCAUUUUCAAAGAAACUUCCCUAACUUUCAUAGUCUAAUAUCUUUAUGAAAAACCCAAUCUUUCAAUCCAUUUUGUGUUCAUUCAAAUCAAGCAAAAAGGAGCUCUAGAAUCCCUCUCCAAAAAUCCUCCAACAUGUUCAUUCAUCGACUCCUUUUUGCUUCAAUAUUCAUAGUGUGUUGCCUCACAACGCUUACAAAUGGAGCUUCACUUCCAAAUGGUGAAGUGGAAGCUUUGAGAAGUAUUGGUAACACAUUGGGGAAGACAGACUGGAACUUUAAUAUUAAUCCAUGCGAUCAAGGCGAUACUUGGUUGAACCAAUCCACACGUUAUUAUGCUAAUAAUGUUACUUGUGAUUGCUCCUUCAACAAUAACACCAUCUGUCAUGUGGUUCGCAUAUUGCUUAAGGCUCAAAAUCUCUCGGGGACUCUCCCACUAAACUUGACAAGUCUCCCUUACUUGCAAGAAAUUGACCUAACUCGCAACUAUCUUAAUGGCACCAUUCCUUCAGAAUGGGGUUCUGCUACCCGACUCGUCAGCAUUUCACUUCUUGGAAAUCGAUUAACAGGUUCAAUCCCAAGAGGACUAGCAAAUCUCAGAAAUCUUACCAGCUUAGUCCUUGAGAACAAUCGUCUUUCAGGAACUUUGCCUGCAGCACUAGGGAAUCUACCCAAAAUUGAGCGACUGCAUCUUAGUUCCAACAAUUUUACUGGUGAAAUACCUGAAAUGUUUGCUAACCUAACUUCAUUGAAGGAAUUUCGGAUUAGUGACAACAACUUUACAGGACAGAUUCCUGACUUCAUAUUCCGAAAUUGGACAAAUCUUGAACAGAUAUAUAUAGAGGCAAGUGGUUUGAUUGGGCCAAUUCCAUCCAUUAAUGCUACUUUAGAAAACUUAGAAUACAUAAUAAUUAGUGACUUGAAUGGAGCUAACACAACUUUUUCACAAUUGGUCAUCGAUGCCACUUUGCCUAAAUUGGAUAGAUUCAUGUUGAGGAGUUGCAAUCUCAUUGGAGAGAUACCUGCUUCUUUUGGGACAUUUACAUCCAUAAAGAUAUUAGAUCUCAGCUUUAAUAGACUUAGUGGAAAAAUUCCAGAUGAGCUUUCUAAUCUUGAUUUCGAUAAUAUGUUCUUAAAUGGAAACAAUUUUAAUGGAUCAGUCCCUCAAUGGAUACUCGAUACAAGAGAAAAAGUGGAUCUUUCUUAUAACAACUUCACAAACACAGGUGUAUCAGAUUGCCGACAAAAUAGCGUGAACUUGUUCUCAAGCAUUGCAAGAGUCAAUAACACGGGAAUUGUUCCAUGUUUGACUAGCCAAAUUACCUGCCCAUCAGAACUUUUGCAAUUUGUCCAUAUAAACUGUGGAGGGAGAGAAAUAACUGUUAAUGACACCAUUUAUGAAGCCGAUUACGAUGGAGCCGGGCCUUCGACAUUUUACCGAAGUACCAACUGGGCAUUUAGCAGCACCGGAAUUUUUCUAAGCGAUGACCGCCCCGACGACAUCUUAGUUUUGGACAAUAGACAAGUGUCUGUCGAUGGCGAUGAAAAACAACUCUACGAAAGUGCAAGGCUUGCGCCUAGCUCUUUGACAUACUAUGCAUUUUGUCUCGCCAAUGCAACUUACUCAGUAAACCUCCAUUUCGCUGAGAUUCAGUUCACUAAUGAUCGAAAUUAUAGCAGCUUGGGGAGACGCAUAUUUGAUGUUUACAUUCAGGGAAAGCAGGAGCUGAAGGAUUUCAAUAUUGAAGAAGAAGCUGGAGGGGCAGGCAUACCAAAAGUAAAAAACUUCACUGUAAAUGUAACGGAUAGCACUUUGGAGAUCCGUUUCCAAUGGGCCGGGAAAGGGACAACUUCUAUACCGGAGAGAAGCAUUUACGGUCCUCUUAUCUCAGCAAUAUCUAUUUUAGAUCCUACUUAUAAACCUCCAUCAGAAAGCGACGGUGGUAUUGCGACAGCUGCAGUGGUCGGUAUUGUGGGCGGAGCAGUGUUUGCUGCUUUGUUGAUUUUAGGCAUUCUUUGGUGGAAGGGCUGUUUAAAACAGAAGAGUACUUUGGAACAAGAUCUAAAAGGUAUAGAGUUGCAGACAACUUCCUUUACCUUAAGGCAAAUUAAAGCUGCUACAAACGAUUUUCAUGCUUCUAAUAAGAUCGGAGAAGGUGGUUUUGGUCCCGUUUACAAGGGUACUCUAGCAGAUGGCACAGUGAUUGCUGUGAAGCAGCUAUCAGCUCGAUCGAAACAAGGAAACCGUGAGUUUGUGACUGAGAUUGGCAUGAUUUCAGCUCUACAACACCCUCAUCUGGUAAAGUUGUACGGCUGUUGCAUUGAAGGAAAUCAAUUGAUGCUUAUAUACGAGUACUUGGAAAACAACAGCCUUGCUCGGGCAUUAUUUGGGACACAAGAGUCUCAGUUGACAUUAGACUGGCCAACAAGAAUGAAGAUCUGCAUUGGUAUAGCUAGAGGGUUAGCUUACCUCCAUGAGGAAUCAAGGUUGAAGAUUGUGCAUAGAGACAUAAAGGCCACUAAUGUGUUGCUUGAUAAGAAUCUAAACCCUAAAAUAUCUGACUUCGGUUUGGCCAAGCUUGAUGAAGAAGAAAAUACCCACAUUAGUACCCGAAUUGCAGGAACUUAUGGCUAUAUGGCUCCUGAGUAUGCAUUGCAUGGCCAUUUGACAGAGAAAGCGGAUGUUUAUAGUUUUGGGAUAGUGGCUCUCGAAAUUGUUAGCGGGAGGUGCAACACUAAAAGCCGCCCAAAGCAAGAACCUUUCAUUCUCCUUGAAUGGGCUCAUGUUUUGAAGGAGAAUGGGAACUUGUUGGAAUUAGUUGAUACAAGGAUUGGCUCAGAUUGCAACACAGAUGAAGUCAUGGCAAUGAUCAACAUUGCACUAUUGUGCACAAAUCCCACUUCUUCAGCUAGGCCUUUAAUGUCUUCGGUAGUGAGCAUGCUUGAAGGCAAGGCUGAAGUUCACGAAUACCUCACAGAUUCAAGCAUUUCUUCAAAUCGUCAAAUGAGUGCAGAGAUUAUGAAAAAGUUGUAUCGGAAACUUGAAGAAGAUGAUACAAAUGUUAGCCAAACAAGGAGUAUGUUAGCUGAUGGGCCAUGGACCAAUUCUUCUACAUCUGCUGCUGAUCUUUAUCCAGUUAGUUUGACUUCUGGAUAUUUGCAGAAUAGAGAUUCCACAAAUUAGAAAAAAAUUUGUAUAAUUCUCUUGUCUGGUUUCUCCCCAGAAAAUUCGUAUUCCUUUGAAACCAAGGCUUAAUUAGCUCAUUUGAUUCAGUCAAAAACCGAAAGUCACAUUCAAUAAUUUUGACAUUUGAAAUACUAAAAUUAUAAGUAAAGUGUAUUUUAAUUUUAUGCAAUUUUAUACAUAAAAUUUUGAUUUGAUAUAA